AUAUUCUGCCUUGUGUCAAAACUCCAGGUCAGUCCCACAGCAGCACAGACUCAGGGCUGGAAAGCAAACAUGCUAACGGACAGACUUCUUGUACAGCUGAAUACUGUGAUCUGUGGGCUUCUGCUUCUCCUCUUCUUUGUGCAUGGCCAGGACCCGUCCAGACCUAUCAGGAACACAUACUCUGGACAGGUGCAGGGUAGCCUUGUCCACUUGGAGGGCAUCAACGUGGGAGUCCACACCUUCCUGGGAAUUCCCUUUGCCAAGCCACCUGUAGGACCUCUGCGGUUUGCACCACCCGAGCCUCCUGAACCAUGGAGUGGUGUGAGGGAUGGGACGUCUCAUCCAGCCAUGUGUCCACAGAAUGAUACUGUAAUGGGAGAAUUAGCUGAGACCCUGUUCAAAAGCUCCCCGCCUCUUCUUUCUAUGUCUGAAGACUGCCUCUACCUCAGCAUCUACUCACCUGCUCAUGCCUCUGAGGGCUCCAACCUGCCUGUGAUGGUAUGGAUCCAUGGUGGUGGACUGAUUAUUGGUAUGGCUUCCUUGUAUGAUGGAUCGAAGUUGGCAGCCCUUGAGGAUGUGGUGGUGGUUACUAUCCAGUAUCGUCUGGGUGUCCUGGGUUACUUCAGCACUGGAGACCAGCAUGCCAGAGGCAACUGGGGUUACCUGGAUCAAGUGGCUGCCCUACGCUGGGUCCAGCAGAAUAUCGCUCAUUUUGGAGGCAACCCUGACCGGGUCACCAUUUUUGGCGAGUCAGCAGGUGGCAUAAGUGUGUCUUCACAUGUUGUGUCCCCCAUGUCCCAAGGACUAUUCCAUGGAGCCAUCAUGGAGAGUGGGGUGGCCACAUUUCCUGGCUUCAUCUCUCACUCUGCUGAGGUCAUGAACACAGUGGUGGCCAACCUGUCAGGAUGUGAGCAGAUGGACUCAAAGGCCCUAGUGGGCUGCCUGAGAGGCAAGAGUCAAGAGGAGAUUCUGGCUAUCACCAAGGUUUUUAUGUUUAUGCCUGGUGUGGUGGAUGGGGAGUUCUUACCUAGGCAUCCUGAGGAGCUGUUGGCCUCUGCUGAUCUUCGACCUGUCCCUAGCAUCAUUGGUUUCAACAAUGAUGAGUAUAGCUGGGACAUCCCAAAGUACUUGAACAACAUUGAUACUGGGGGAAAAAUGGACAGAGAGACCAUACAGGCUGCUCUACAGAGAACACAAACACAAAUGAUGCUGCCUCCUGCCAUUGCUGACUUACUGGUAGAGGAGUACUUGGGAGAUACUGAAGAUCCUGAGACUGUCCGAGUACAGUUCCAGGAGAUGAUGAAGGACUUCAUGUUUGUGAUCCCUGCCUUGAAAGUAGCACGUGCUCAGAGUUCCCAUGCCUCCGUCUACCUCUAUGAGUUCCAGCAUCCGCCCAACCUCCUCAAAGAUGUCAGGCCACCCCAUGUGAAGGCUGACCAUGGUGAUGAGAUUUUCUUUGUCUUUGGAUCCUCUUUCUGGGGCAGCAAAUUUGAAUUCACUGAGGAGGAGGAGCUGCUGAGCAGAAGGAUAAUGAAGUACUGGGCCAACUUUGCACGUCACGGGAACCCCAACAGUGUGGACUUGCCCCACUGGCCUGUGUUCAACCAGGAUGAACAGUACCUGCAGCUGGACAUCCAGUCUGCUGUGGGCAAUGCUCUGAAGGCCAACAGGAUGCAGUUCUGGAUGAAGACACUGCCCCUGAAGAUCCAGGAGCUGAAGGAUGUUGAGAACAAGCACACGGAGCUGUAGCUUGUUAUAGCCAAUAGUGGAGUGUCCUGCAUGGAACUGGAGUCAAGUUAAGGUGACCCCACACUCAGAAAAGAAGGAUGACCCCAUAUUUCAUGUAUCCAUGCAUCCCUCUUCAUGUAUUUAUCCCACUAACACUCAUGCAUGUCACUUAUGCCAUGGGUAUGAGUCUGGGUCCUGUGUUGUUUCACAUAUGUAAUAAAUUCCUUCAUGACUGUG